AGCGCCGUAGGUGACCACUACCCUUCCCUAUCUAUCCUCUUCCUUUGCUUUGUUGUAAUAAAACUCUGUCCGCACGAGUUGACUCGUGGCACGUGCGAGUAUCAUUUCCCAUUAAAAUCAACACAAACUCACUCUGUAUUUGUUGAUGGACAAAGCUUCUUACUUGAACAGAAGAACUUUCCGAAAAGCUCUCUCUCUCUCUUCAGAUCUCACUCUAUCCUCCUUCGUAAAGAUAUUUCUUACUCGGUAGUCUAGAUUCGCUGAGCUAGUGUCUCCGUUUUGGAUUGGAACUUUCUUGCAUUGGCUUUCUUAUUUGCGUGGUUACUGGGAAAAUCCCGGAGAACGAUUUGUACUAGUUGGCUGAAAAAUUUAGGAGCUGUUAGAGAGUUAACAGAAGUGGAUGAAACUCAACAAGGCAAUGUAAUAUAGCUGUCUAAGAGAUGGAAGAAGGAAACAAUAUAGCAGAGCUUAAGUCGUUGAGGAUAGGGGGUAGUUAUAAGUCUACAUUGUCUGGUAGAUCGACUCCUAAGAGUUCUCCAUCCUUUCGAAAAGCACAUUCGAGCCGCACUCCUCGAAGAGAAGCUAGGGGUAGUGUGAGUGGGGUACAGUGGUUUCGUAGCAAUCGGUUAUUGUUUUGGCUGUUAUUGAUUACUCUAUGGGCGUAUCUUGGAUUUUUUGUUCAGUCCAGGUGGGCUCAUGACAAUGAAGAUAAACAUAACUUUUUGGGAUUUGGAAAAAAACCAAACAAUGGGAACUCAGAAAUUGAGCAAAAUCAACGACGGGAAUUGAGUGCCACUGAGAUUUCUAUGGCAGUUAAGAACGAGACUCUUGAAAAUCAGGCUACAGAUGAUAAAAGGAUGGAUGUAGUUUUGGCAAGAAAAGAGAAUGAAGUUUCAUCACAUCGAAAGAUAAAUUCAAAGAGGAAGAAAGCUAAAAGAAGUGGUAAAAUGCGUGGUAAGCAGAAGGCCAGUGCUGAAAUUAAAAGGCUAGAUAUAGAGGAACAGGAACCUGAUAUUCCCAAGACAAAUAGCUCUUAUGGAAUGCUAGUUGGACCAUUUGGUUCAUUAGAAAACAGAAUUUUGGAAUGGAGUCCUGAGAAACGUACUGGAACUUGUGAUAGGAGAGGAGACUUUGCACGCCUUGUUUGGUCUCGGAGAUUCGUGCUAAUAUUCCAUGAACUUUCAAUGACUGGGGCUCCUCUUUCAAUGAUGGAAUUGGCAACAGAGCUUUUGAGUUGUGGAGCAACUGUUUCUGCUAUAGCUCUAAGCAAAAGGGGAGGAUUGAUGCCAGAGCUUGCUAGGAGAAAAAUCAAGAUGCUUGAGGACAAAGGGGAACUCAGUUUUAAAACUGCAAUGAAGGCUGAUCUUGUUAUUGCUGGAUCAGCAGUCUGUGCAUCCUGGAUUGAUAAAUAUAUUGAUCGUUUUCCAGCUGGUGCAAGCCAAAUUGCUUGGUGGAUCAUGGAAAACCGGCGAGAAUAUUUUGACAGGGCAAAGGUUGUUCUUAACCGAGUGAAGAUGCUAGCUUUUCUAUCAGAAUCACAAUCAAAACAAUGGUUAAACUGGUCUGAAGAAGAAAAGAUUAAGCUGAGGUCUCAUCCCAUUGUUGUUCCUUUGUCCAUCAAUGAUGAACUGGCUUUUGCAGCUGGCAUUGCUUCUACCCUCAAUACUCCAUCUUUCAGUACCGAGAAGAUGAUGGAGAAGAAGCAGUUGUUAAGAGAUUCAGUUAGAAAGGAGAUCGGCUUGAAAGAUAAUGAUAUGCUUGUGAUGUCUCUGAGUAGUAUAAACCCUGGAAAGGGUCAGCUCUUGCUUCUUGAAUCAGCACAUUUGGCGACUCAAAAAGUGCAAGAUAAUUCUAAGAUAAAAAUUCCAGUGGAUAAAGGCCACAACCAGCCUCGUUUGGCCAAAAAGGGUCGUUUGAGAGCUUUAUUCAGAAAGUCAAAUACUACUGGGUCUUUGGGAUCCGAUGCUCGAAGUAAGAAGUUGGAUAAUAGAGGCAUGCAAGAGCAGUCUGUUAAAAUUCUUAUAGGCUCAGUUGGAUCUAAAAGCAAUAAGGUGCAUUACGUCAAAGAACUUCUAGGAUUCUUAUCUGAGCAUUCAAACUUUUCAAAAUCAGUUAUAUGGACUCCAACAACAACACGAGUUACUGCACUUUAUUCUGCUGCAGACGUCUAUGUCAUCAAUUCCCAGGGAGUAGGAGAAACAUUUGGGAGGGUGACAGUUGAAGCCAUGGCAUUUGGUCUUCCGGUGCUUGGAACAGAUGCUGGAGGGACAAAAGAGAUUGUUGAGCACAAUGUAACAGGUCUUCUUCAUCCUACAGGACGGUCGGGAGCCCCCGUCCUUGCUGAGAACCUUCGGUUCUUGCUUAAGAACCCAUUAGCAAGGAAGCAAAUGGGGAUGAAAGGUAGAGAAAAGGUGGAGAGGAUGUACUUAAAGCGGCACAUGUACAAGAAAUUUGUAGACGUUGUCACCAAGUGCAUGAAAACCAAAUAAGGCAUGCCAUUGUGUUUGUGGCAUCCUCAUUCUUUGAUUGCUUCUAAAGUUUAGGGGCCGGUACUGUGAAUAUUGAAACUCACAUUGAUCUGAUUAUUCAUAACCGCAUGUUUAAUUUGC